AUGGCGGACUCAGGCGAGCUCUUUAUCGAAACUGCAGCAGACGAAGGUGGUGAUAUCUCUAUGGUCAGCGAAGAAGUUGCUGUAGAAAUUAACCCAGCGUCGCAAGCUCUAGAAUCUGGCGCCGACAGCACCGAGAACGGUCUCCCAUUUCAAGACGAUGCCAUGGAUGAAGUACCAGCACGCGCCACAUAUAUCGAUUAUUUGAAAAGCCCGGCUGUUGGUCUCCUAGUGGGACAGGGCGACGAGCAGGGACUUCUUACGGCGCAUCAGGCCUUACUUACGAAAAGUCCCUGGUUUAAAGAGCAAUGCGAAAGAUUCGGUGACGAUAUCAGGGAACGCUCAAUUACCCUCGUUGACGAGGACCUUGACGCCGUGGGAUGCUUCCUCGAGUUUCUCUACACAGGCGAUUACUUCCCGCGCAAGAUCGUGGGCACCCGCGAUCUCGAGCGCGACCCUCAGGAGCCUCUCGUCGACGAGUCUGGCGACCAAUUGCUGAAACAUGCUCGAGUCUAUACGCUUGCAGAUACCCUCGGCCUCCCAGCUCUCAAGUCCCUCGCCUCCAGCAAGAUCCACUGUGUAAACUCUACGGCAAAGGGCGAGAUCGCGUAUGCGAGAUACGUGUAUGCGCAUACCAAAAAGGACGAUAAUGCCAUCCGCGCACCUGUUGCAUAUUUCUGGGCCACCAGAUCUCAUACCCUGCGCUCGGAAGCCGAAGACGAGUUUAGACAGAUGUGUUUGGAGUUUCCCCAGUUCGGAUACGACGUCCUCACCCGUGUCCUGGACGACAAGCUCAAGAGAGAGAAGCAGGACAAGCUCAACCCUACACCCGGAAGCUCCCGCAAGCGUGCCCGAGGCAUCUAA